AUGGCGGAGUCCUGGUCCGAGGUGUUCUCGCGAAUCCCUCCGCACUUUUGGGGUCACAUGGGCAUAUUCUUGUCGCUAGGCCUCUCUGUGUUAGGCGCGGCAUGGGGCAUUCUACUUUGUGGGCCAUCUAUCAUGGGCGGGUCGAUCAAGGAGCCCCGCAUCACUGUAAAGAACCUUGUAUCAGUCAUUUUCUGCGAAGCGGUGGGCAUUUACGGCCUCAUCGUUGCCGUGCUGCUUGUGAACGCAUCACUGCACUUCACCGCCAUUGAGUGCCCGAAGGACUUCAAGGCUGAUCUAACUGUCACUGGGAAGUAUUUCGUCGAGGUGUACCGAGGCUACUCCAUGUUCGCCACCGGACUCAUUGUCGGACUCUCGAACCUCGCUUGCGGUUCUUGCGCGCUCGCGGAUGCCCAGAAGCCACAGCUCUUUGUAAAAAUACUCAUGGUGGAAAUCUUUGCCGGCGUGCUAGGCCUCUUCGGAGUCAUCACCGGAGUCGUUCUCAUCAGCACGGCGCCGUAA